AUGGAGCUCGGAAAAACGAUUAGCUUGUUAAUGAUUCAUCACCUAGUGAUUUAUCUAUUGGGAAAUUUAUCCCUUGCUCAUAGUUUUUGUCCCGUUAGAUGUUUGUGUUAUUUGGGCCGACAUCCGAGAAUUGUCAUGUGUUCGAAGCAGGGCUUGACAACAUUUCCAUCUAAUAUCACCGAUAUCGUAGAAAACUUGGAUUUGUCGACUAAUCUAUUGACAGAGAUCACGGAUGAUAUAAAACGCUUCGUAGAUCUACAAAUUCUAAACUUAGCUAGAAAUCAAUUAAAUUAUUUGCCAGAGAGUAUAGGAGAAUUAAAAAAUUUACGUAAAUUAGAUAUCUCAGAAAAUAAUAUUGAGGAUAUAAGCAAUAUAGCACCUAUCAAUCGACUGCCUUCUCUGAUUAUUAUUUUCCUAUCUAAAAAUCCUCUAACAGAGUUAAACAAUUUGAACAGUAAUGUCCUUCAAGCUGUUGAAGCAAGUUACUGCGGCAUCAAAAAGAUUGAUGACACAACAUUGAAAGGAUUACCAGAUUUACUGAGUCUAAGUUUAAAAGGAAAUCCGUUGAAAACAAUUCAAAAGGCAUACAGUAAAAAGUUACGGUGGUUAGACAUGUCCAAUUGUCUCUUGAAUUACUUAAAUCCUGAUACUUUCACUGGUUUCCCAGUUUUAGAGGAAUUACGUCUGAAUAAUAAUCCUGCGCUCGUUUAUAGUACAAGGCAUUCUACUCUACAGCAUUUGAAUUUGAAACAACUGGACGUUUCAAAUUGUAAUUUGGACAGACCAGGUCUCCAUGGUUUGCCAUCAUUGACCCACGCCAGAUUAUCUCGAAAUACGAUACGUUUACUUCCAAAUCGAAUUUUUGCUAAAAACAGACAACUUACUCACCUGUACUUAAAUUCAAACGGUAUAGAACAUUUGAAUAUAAGUACCUUCGAAGGACUGGUGAAACUUAAUCAUUUGGAUUUGUCAAUGAACGCUCUUGAAUUCAUCCACUCUUCAACAUAUUUUGACAACGUUGAACUCAAAUCGGUCAAUCUCUCUUAUAACAGUCUAUACCAAUUUCCAAAUUUGACGUCACUUUUGACAUCUUUGGACUUAUCUUACAAUUUCAUAGAAACGAUGGAAAGUGAUUCUUUAAAUGGUAUGCCCAAAAUAAAUAGUCUAAAUUUAAAUGAUAAUCGGCUACAACGUUUACCCAACGGAUUGCAAUCAUUGACUUUGACAAGGCUAAAUAUUCGAAGAAACAGACUAAUGGAAUUAAAUAACAGUAGUUUCGCGGAACUACCUGAACUUGAACAAAUCGAUGUUUCAGGUAAUCGUCUAACCGAAGCAAUAGACCCAAGUAUUUUCCAAAAGAAUGUCAAAUUAGAAACCAUUCGACUGGAGGAUAAUCCAUGGCGUUGCGAUUGCAUUCAAUUAUACUUAACUUAUCAAUAUUUGACAAAUCCACCUGCCAAAAGCUUGCCUUACACUUUGAUCUGUCAGAGUCCUGCCAACGUCUCCGAUUACACUUGGGAGAGUGCCUGCUACAACGUUUGGAACGGAGAACUCGUGUACAGUAAUAACAGAAUAUGGGGUUUUUUCUUGAUGUGCGUAUUCGUGCUAAUUAUUAUGGUGGGUACAGUCACGUCCAUCAAACACGCAAUCAAAAUGAAAAGACAAGCUAUCGAAGAAAGACAUCGUAUCGAUAGAAUGGAGGGUAUUGAAAGACUGAGACUCUUACAACAGAGGAAUCAACAAAGACAGGAAAGAACGGAAACAGCACCGGAACCAAGGAUCCAUCCUCUGGAAUUGAUCGGACCACCCAGUUACGAGGAAGCUGUUCAGAUGCCAAGACUGACGCAUUCCUUGGAUACGUUAAACGAAGUUUCUAUAGAGAAUGUUUACUUAACUAGACUAGGCUCUGUCGACAAUUUACAAAACAAGAGAAAAAGAUCGAGAAGACCGAGAAAGAGAACCCAAAGCGAGGACAAUUUGUUGAGAAGAGAAGAACGUCGCGUUGAAAGACUAAGAAGAGAAAGGAGUAACUCGGCUGGUAACGUUUCUGAUAAUGGAGAGAGACCAACACCGGUGACGAAUCCUACAAGGUCUAAAUCUUCGUCUACUCGACGACAGAGAAGGACAAACACUAUAGAGGAACUUGAGGAGUCUGGAAGUAGUAACAAAGGUCGACCGAGACCGCAAACACCUAGCGCUAAAAAGAAAAAACGUAGAAGAACGAUUAGAGACGGACACUCGACGGACGAUGAGGAUUCCGACAUCCAAAGAAUCACUAAUAACAGGCCGAUCGUCAUCAAAGACCUACGAAGGGAACCGAGAAGUGGAAUUUGGGAGAUGCAAACCGAAUGCGAUUCUUAA